UUUACUAGAGUACACAGAUGCAUUUCCAAAGCACAUACAUGAAAAUGAAUGGUGCUUCUAUUUCUUUUACCAUCAGGUUUCUUACAACAGCUAGAGAAAGGGAGCGACUCGCACACGCACGUCAGAAGUACCCAAGCCGCAACUACUACCGCUGCCUCCGCUGGGGCCUCUUUUUCCCCCACCAUCCCACGUUUACUUCAGAGCCGCUUCGUCAUAUUUCGCCCUAGUCCUGAAUUCCGCCCGCCUCUCCUCGUUCCCGAGGGUUGUCUCGGCCAGGCUGUUUUUUAUCCCGAGUCUGAAGGCCGCCUCAGAGUGGAGGGAGAUACAAUGAGCUGGAUUCCUAAACACAUUUUGUUGUGGACUCUUCUGCACAGUACGGCUCACCCACUGGGACGGGUAACAGCUGAAUAUCGUGAACAUAACCUCUUCAGUGGUGGAUUCAAAAUGGGGAAACUCUGCAAAUUUUGUGAUGUUAAAUUGACAACAUGCACCAAUGAAGGUCAUUGUUGCAGUAAGUGCAACCUCACUUCUAUUUGUGAACACAAAAAUGAAAUCUGUGCAGCUGUUUGGAGAAAGAAUAAUGGGAAUAUAACUCUGGAAACAAUAUGCCAUGAUCCUACACUAGAGCUCCAUGGAUACAAAUUGGAUGAUUUCAAUUCAAAAAAAUGCUUCAUGAAAGAGAAGAAAGGAGCUGGAGGAUUGCUAUAUAUGUGUUCCUGCAAAGAUGAUGAAUGCAAUGAUGAAAUUAUUUUUUCAGAAAAUACCACCUCAAGUACAGAAGUAAAAUAUGUGAUUGCUUUGGUCGCAGUUAUAUGCCUUGUCCCAUUGCUGGUGAUCGCCAUUGCUGUGGUCAUUAUCUUUUACUUCUAUCGAGUUCAGAGGAGGAGGAAACUCAACAAGGCAUGGGAGAAAAAUGUGAAGUCCAGGAAGCACAAAGACUGUAGUGACGUUUGUGCCAUUAUGCUGGAUGAUGAUCGCUCUGACAUCAGUUCUACUUGUGCUAAUAAUAUUAACCAUAAUACCGAAUUGCUGCCUAUUGAAUUGGACACUUUGGUAGGCAAAGGACGAUUUGCAGAAGUCUAUAAGGCUAAACUGAAACAAAACACAUCAGAACAAUUUGAAACUGUGGCUGUGAAGAUCUUCUCCUAUGAAGAAUAUGCCUCCUGGAAGACUGAGAAAGAUAUCUUUUCUGAUAUAAAUCUAAAACAUGAGAACAUCCUACAGUUCCUUACAGCAGAGGAGCGCAAGACAGAUCUAGGCAAACAAUACUGGUUGAUCACUGCUUUCCAUUCAAGAGGCAACUUACAGGAAUAUCUCAUAAAACACAUAAUUAGCUGGGAGGAUCUGUGGAAACUGGGUGGCUCUUUGGCUCGUGGGAUUGCCCACCUCCAUAGUGAUCACACACCAUGUGGUCGGCCCAAGACACCAAUUGUCCACAGAGAUCUGAAGAGCUCUAAUAUCCUGGUAAAGAAUGACCUGGCUUGCUGUCUCUGUGACUUUGGGUUAUCACUAAGGCUGGAUCCUACUCUGUCUGUUGAUGACCUGGCUAAUAGUGGGCAGGUUGGUACAGCAAGAUACAUGGCUCCUGAAGUUCUGGAAUCCAGAAUGAACUUGGAUAAUGUUGAAUCCUUUAAGCAGACUGAUGUGUAUUCCAUGGCUUUGGUUCUGUGGGAAAUGAUAUCUCGCUGCAAUGGUGUUGGAGAGGUGAAAGACUAUGAGCCACCAUUUGGUUCAAAAGUGCGAGAACAUCCUUGUGUAGAAAGCAUGAAGGACAAUGUUUUGAGGGAUAGAGGACGGCCUGAAAUUCCUUGUUCAUGGCUCAACCAUCAGGGUAUCCAGAAGGUGUGUGAGACUAUUGUUGAGUGUUGGGACCAUGAUCCUGAGGCCCGGCUGACAGCACAGUGUGUAGCUGAGAGGUUCAAUGAUUUUGAUUACCAAGACGGACUCUCGGGAAGAAGCAACUCAGAAGAGAAGAUCCCUGAAGAAAGCUCGGGCAACAGCACCAAGUAACAGCUGGCAAGAAUCAGAGAAUGUUCACUUUUAGGUUCUCUGUGCUUGGCCUUGGAAUAAGAGGAACAUUUACCAUUGGACCUAUUUUCUAUGACCAUGAAUAGCUGCUUUUUCCUCCAUCCUGCAGCUCCAGGGAACAGGAAUGACUUUAUGGGGCAACCAUAAUGGGCCAUGUGCAGUGCCAAGGCAUAGUUGUUGCUUUCCUAAGUGUGCCAUAAGAUAAGUUACAUUGGUGCUUCCUGAGAAAAUAGGACUAUAUUACAAUGCCAAUAACAAUUGCACUUUAUCAAGAUUUGUAUAUAAAACUAUGGAAGCUCAGUACUAAAUAUAAAUACACAAAGCUGUGCCGAGAGUCUUCCAGGAAAUGUCUAAUAGAUAGAAAAUUGCAAAUUUUUGCUAUGAUGCUGACAGCAGUAUUGCAUUAUUCACUUCGCUCAAACCAUAAAAACUUAUAGCUAACUACACUACAAAUAGUAUCAAUUGCUACAUCUUUUUUUUCCAGAUGAGGGGCAAAAAAAAACCAAAUGGCAACUAGAACCUUUUGGAUAUAUUUGAGCUUUAAAGAAAAAAGAAAAACGACGACAUUAUGCAAUGGUAUUCAGCUGGUUCCUGAAUGUUUAAAAUUUAGAACUUAUAAAUUGUUGGACCAUUCACAGUCAGGAGUUUUGGUUGCUUUGUUUUUCUGUUCAAAUGAAGAAUUUGCAAUGGUUUUCUUUCUUUCUUUUUGUUCUUUAAUGUCAACAAAAAAUUAUUAAUAUUCCUCCCCUUCUUUCAACCAGCACAUCAUGUUCUCAGUCUUCAUACUGAUUACAGGUUUCUCUCCCCCCCAACUUCCCCCUGGAAUUGGGCAGCACCAAUUAUAAUUGCAACAGAUGUUUUGCAUUUGCCAUGCAUUCUGGAAAAAGUAGAUUCCUCUCUCUUUUCCUCCAUCUUUUUUUGGAUCAAUAACAUCAUGUCUAGUUUCUUAAGCCCUUAAAUUCACACUUGAUGUUGUGCCCAGAAGGAAUAGCAGAUGAAUUCCUUCCUGAGUUUCUAUGAUGUUUUGGCAAAAAUUUGUUCCGCACUCUGGGCAUGCAUUGCUUUUGGUCCUUGUAACAUGCAUCAUAGCCAACGCUGCCUGCAGUUAAUACUUAGAAAUGCUAUACAUUCCUAAACUGAUUCCCCACAGGCAAGGCUUACAUUCUUUUAGUCUUCCAAAAUAUUUAGUGUUGGAGCUGGCUUCAUCAGGAAUUUUAAAUGGCAGGAUUUGAAUUGUUUGUGCUUUCUUGCAAGAUAUGCAUUCUCCAACCUAGUGUCCUCCAGAUGUAUUGGACUGCAAACCUGUGAUGGCAGCAGGAGUUCAACAGAACACUGGAAUGGGGAUAUUUUUGGUAAUGGGCCAUUUUUGAAAGUUAGCUACUAUUUUGUAACAGGACACAUUCUUUCCUUUUGUUUUUCAUUAGAAUUAGUCCAUGCCAGCCAGAAACAAUUCUUUUGAGUUGAAAGAUAUAUUACAAGUGCAAUUUUUUUUCAUGUAGGAGAUAGGUGUUUUUCUAAGAACUCCUUUUUUGUGUAUCCAAUAGAGAGAAAAAAAUCAUAUAGGAAUUUUUAAAACUUUAUGGAGAAAAAAUACGUUUAAAAAUAAUUAUGCAUCUGUCAUUUGUAUUAAACAUUUUAUAAAUAUUUAAGCAUUAAGUGGACAGAGACUCAACAAAAAGAAACCAGAUUUUAAAGUAACAGGCAAUCUACUAAAGGGGAGUUACUAGUAACAUGGCUUUAGAAAAGUGUAAUGUUGAAUAGUGAUGGGAUCUGACGGCCUCUAGUGGUGGUUGCCUAGAAUAGCAGAAUGAAAAACAGUUCACAAAGGAGGUUUCUUUCAAACGGGAUGGGAGGUACAUCUGUGUCGCAUACCUAAAUUGCUAAUUUUGUGGCCUACUUUAAAUGUUACAGCACAUUGUUGCCAUUUAUCUUAGUAGUAAAUGUAAAUUUACCAUUUACCUCAGUAUUUCAGGUGUUCAGCCUAAAGGCCUUCAGCGGAACUCCCUGAAGUUGUUGUUCUUCUAAAGUUGUCACCAAAUAGUAUUGUUUCAAAGGACAGAAUGAAUGGGCUGUCAAAUAUGUUGAAGAUAAAUAAUUUUACUUCAUUUAAAUAUAAAUGAAAUCAGUGUAUCCUGAUUAAGGCAACUUUAAGCAGUGUGGACUCCAGAAUUCCCCAACCCAUUGAAGAGUUGAGAUCUGCCCCUCUUAAAAUGAACUUUCCCAGUGAUGAGGUACAUUGAUCUAAAAGAGGGCUAGACCAAAUUAUGGGAAGAAGUCUAUUAAUGGAGAGUCAUGGCUAUAUGUUAUUUCAAGAUUCAGAAUAAUCUUAAAAACCAUUUGGUGGUGAGUCAUAGUGCAUACAGUAAUCUGCUUUCUUUGAUGAUUUCUCUGAUUUCUCUAAUUCAGUCCUAAAUAAGAAGCAGCAUGGGAGGCUUUCAUAGAUAAUUAGCCUCCUGAAAAGGCCAUCUGAUUCUAUACCUAUUUGCUUAGGAGAUUCAAGUAAGGUCAGUAUUUAAAUUGGCAGCCUAGACAUGGCUAGGUCUUCCAACUGAAACUGGGGUGUGGUUUUUGUCUAUCAUGCACUGGCAAAAAUCUGAGAGAUGACUAAACUCCUGACAAUCCUUUACCUUUUUUGUAUUAGUAUAUUUAAAGAGAUUUUUUUUAAAAAAAUUCCAUGAAAGAUUUUUAAAGUACAAUAUAUAUGAACAUAGAAAUGUUUGCAUAUCUAAUCUCUUUAUCAGAUUUUUUAAAGCACUUACCAUAUUUUUGUAUAAAUAAAUAUUGUACUCAAUG